GUGCAGAUUCCAUUUUGUUGCAGUUCAGUGUCAGGAGGGGGAAGUGGCGCUUUACGGCCACUGGUAACACCGUAUAAGCCUCGAGAGUGACGGAUUUGUGGGGAAUAUAGCUCUGCUGUGCUUCCUUCAUUAUCCGCCGAAGAGUAUCCGAGGCUAACUAUAUAUAUAUUAUUUUUUCCGACGAAAGGCUUUAACAACACAGCCUGAAGGAGUCGACCGUCGGCUUCUUGGAGCAUCGUGCGCCGAGGUGAAUUGAUGUUCAGCUCGGUUUCACGGCAAAACAACAACAGCGACCAUUGGCACAUGAAAACCUCAGACCUUGCUGGACACACAAGUGCAGCGAGAAGUAGACAGAGAACUACUUCGAGGACCUGGGGACCGAUUGGUGGCGAAAGAUUAAAGCAAGAUCUCAUCGUCUUCAGCCUGACAACAAAGAGGUGACAGGUAGCGCAGAAACAUGGGAGGCGGAGAGAGGUACAACAUUCCAAUUUCCCACCCCGAGCGCCCCAAGAAGAGCCACCAGUUCGGCAAGGCCAAGCAGAGGAGCCGCGACCAGAGCGGAGCGGUCGUGGUCUCCGUCGCAGGGGCGGGGGGCCUUCACCACCACGGCCACCGGCGCAACGACAAGGCCACGGCCUACCACAGGUCUCCGGAGGCACGGCAGGCCGCGUCCGCGGAGAAGAGCGCCUCCGUCCGCUUUGCCGCCGCCUACGAUCAGAACUGGGAGGGCGCGGUGUCUCACCUUAACACGCUGCUAGCGGCUCAGGGCAGCCCGGGUUAUGCGGGGCCCAAGUUCAGCGAGCCACCCUCGCCCAGCGUGCUGCCCAAGCCCCCCAGUCACUGGGUGUCGUUCCCGAUGGGAUCCUGUGACCACAGGGAGAUGAUGGCUUUCCAGCUGAAGAGCCUCCUGAAAGUGCAGGCUUGAGAUAGAAACCUCCACCUCAUUUGUAUCGAGCCAAUGUACUGCGACUCUGUUUUUAGGCACUUGCUCUCCAGGAACGCCCCAUGGCCGUGAUAGAAUUGUCAUGUUUUGACUUUUGGCCCUCUUCGGGUUGGGUAUUUCUAAGAGUUUAAUCUUUUUUUUUUUUUUGUUUGUUUUUUUGUUUUAGACACUUAAACACAUUUUUAAAAAGAAGUUACAGCCAUGUAGCCUUGCUGGUUGGUCGUGCCUGGAGUAGAGCCAGUUUCUUUCACUGAUGACUGGAUCCUUUUUUUUUUUUUUAUUUACUUGUUUUGUUCUUUUUAGUGUUGGCUGUUAAAGCAGAUUGAGUGUACUUUUUCCCCCCCAAAUAGGGGUUGUAUUGUAGGCCAGGUAAGAAUCCUUCACCUUUACGGUCCAUUUCUGUGGACAGACAUGUUCUCAUUUGCGUACGUUUUUUGAGGUUGAACCUUUGGAGUGAGCUCCGAAGCUUCAGGUGCUAAAGCAAGUUCACAUUUGUAGCAUUACAUUCAAAGGAUCCCCUCUUUCUCUCCUCUUUUUAUUUUUUUUUGUUCCUAGAUAAUUACAUUCCUUGUUUGGAAUGAAAAAGGCACUCAACUGCAGUUCUGCAGGGAAAAAAGCUAUUUUAUUGGGCAUGAGCUAGUAGCUAUGUACAGGACAAGCUGAAAGACUGACCUCGAAGGGGAAGGAGAAACCAUGGCACAAAGGCCUUGGACAACCAACUCCUGUACCCUUUUUUUAUUGCGCUGUGCGCACAUGCACUAUAGGAGUUGUGUGUCCAAAGCCUGCUACACUCUUAUCAAAGCAUUAUUUUGUACAAGUCCUUUUGUUGGCAAUUGAACGGUGUUCUAGAGCGCUGUGUGUAACCAAAGCAAUGUUUUUGCUGCAGACUUUUCACACCCCAAGUGUGGUUGAGAACCUCCACUCUCUUUAUCUUGUCUCGGUGGUGAGCCGGCAUUUCUUUACUGUUCAUCUCUUCAAUCAGUACCGUUACUACCCCUCGGCGUCUGCCCCCCCCCCCCCCCCCUCUCUCCAGCGCAGCGGUGCAGCUUUAACACGCGGAAGAGGCACAUGUGCUCCUGUUGGCUGCACCCACCUGCGCCGGGGCGAGGCGGAGCCGAGGCGCUUUUCCUUGCGGGGCGUGUUCGGCCCGAGGGUCUCUGCACGAGACAGACGGCCGGUGUUUGUUUACAAGUUCUGUCUCUUACCGACCAUCCGCCUAUCGGCGCCCUUGUUGCCGCUGCCUGUUGUUUACCCUCUUGCACUGCAAUCAGACUUACCCUAAAUGGCAGGUUGGGAUGCUAUUGAAAUGAUGGAAAAAUGCAAUGGACUAUCUUUAUGAAUUCCGUAUUUUGUGAGUUUUGGUUCCUCCUUCGAAGCUCUUUGUGUUGUUUUUGUUUUUUCUUUCCCUUUGCAGAGUUGAAGCUGUUUAUGGCCAGCAUAGAAAAUAACAAAACAAAGAUUGUUAUUGUUUUCAGGAGCCAUGUAUAUAAUGAAAUGUAUAAAGUUCUUGUAGCAUAUGUACAUUUGCAGGCCGCCUUUGAUGCCUGUCUGACAAAAGUAUUUUUAGUAAUAACACUGAAUGUAUAAGACAUGCAAAGGACAUGUCUUAACUUCAAUACUGAAGAAUAUUUUUGUUAAAAAAACGUUAAAAAACUCCCUCGUUGCCUCUAGCAUUCAACCGUACCACUGCACUGUUAUCUUUAUAGAGAUCUUGCACAUGGUUUUUUUAUUGUUUUGUAUUACACAGUGUAGGUUGAGAGAUGCUAAGUGCAAAUUAAAUUAAAGCAAUGCAAAUUUUUUAAUUGGAUUAAAGGAGACUUGCUUAUGUAUGUAAGAUUGGAUCUGCAUAACACUUUGUAAGCUUGACAUGUCGGUUGACAAAUGUGCCUAAGUUUAAGCCCCGUUUUACCUGCUAAUUAGCACUAAAGCUGUUGCCGAUUCUUUAGCUUUCAGGUGAUCUUCCGCCAGCUGAAAGCUGAAGUCUGCUCAGCUCUUUAAUUUACAGAAUUUCUCUUUAUAAAUUUUUUUUUCUUCCCCUUUAGUCACAUUACAUAGCAAGUUCUCCUUAUUCUAAAUUUCCACUGGGACAAUUGGCUGCUAAUUUUACCCUCUGAUGUGUCACCAAAUACUUACAGAUGUGCCCGUUUACGACUCGAUUGGUUUUAAUUGGUGUUCAAAGAAAAAAGAAGAAUGUGCUCAUGAUUUGACAACAAAGU